AGGUGACAUUGAAGCGACUGUUAUUUUUAUUACGUGUGCUUCGGGUAUAAAUACGAACCCGAGGACCUAUCCAAACCACUUCUCGGCGAGCAACCACCGCAACCGAUAAUGAGGGUCUUCGUCUAUCUUCUGUCAGCGCUUGCGCUCUGCCAAGCUUACGACUACAAGGAAGUGCUCCGCGAUUCGAUACUCUUCUACGAAGCUCAGAGAUCGGGAAAACUGCCCUCUGAUCAGAGGGUCACGUGGAGGAAGGACUCAGCUCUGAACGACAAGGGCCAGAAAGGCGAGGACCUCACAGGCGGUUACUAUGACGCUGGUGACUAUGUCAAGUUCGGUUUCCCUAUGGCGUACACAAUUACCACCAUAGCUUGGGGGAUUGUGGAUCAAGAAGCAGGGUACAACUCAGCAAGCGCUCUGGCUGAUGCUCGCAAAUUGAUUAAAUGGGGCACGGACUACUUCAUCAAGGCGCACGUGAGCCAGAACGAAUUGUACGGACAAGUAGGACAAGGAGAUGUGGACCACGCAUACUGGGGGCGUCCCGAGGACAUGACGAUGAGCAGACCCGCGUACAAGAUCGAUACGUCCCAUCCAGGAUCGGAUCUGGCAGGAGAGACAGCGGCCGCCCUCGCAGCAGCUUCCAUCGUGUUCCAGAGCGCCGACUCCGGCUACGCCAGCACCCUUCUCACACACGCCAAGCAGCUGUUCGACUUCGCCAACAAUUAUCGCGGCAAAUACAGUGACUCCAUCACCGAUGCUCAGAGCUUCUAUGCAUCCGGCGACUACAAGGACGAGCUGGUGUGGGCUGCAGUGUGGCUGUACAGGGCAACCAACGACAACACCUACCUGACCAAAGCGGAACAGUUAUACAACGAUUUCGGCCUUGGGAACUGGAACGGUGGUUUCACUUGGGAUCAGAAGAUCUCUGGAUUACAGGUGUUGCUGGCUAAGAUCAAAGGCACACAAUCUUACAAGGACAAGGUGCAAGGCUACUGCGACUACAUCACGACUUCCCAGCAGAAGACACCAAAGGGUCUCGUAUACAUCGACCAAUGGGGCUCCCUUCGAAUGGCUGCCAAUGCUGCAUUCAUUUGUGCUCAGGCCGCGGAUCUGGGUAUCAAUGCUGCUAGUUACCGUGCAUUUGCCAAGAAGCAGAUCGAUUACAUCCUGGGAGAUACUGGACGCAGCUUCGUGAUUGGCUAUGGCACCAAUCCACCCACUCACCCGCAUCACAGAUCCAGCUCUUGCCCCGACGCCCCAGCGGUGUGUGACUGGAACGCAUACAACAGCGCCAGCCCCAACGUCCACGUCCUGACCGGAGCCUUGGUGGGCGGUCCUGAUAGCAGCGACAACUACAAGGACGAACGCAGUAAUUACAUCUCCAACGAGGUCGCCACAGACUACAACGCCGCGUUCCAGGGUCUUCUGGCUUACUUGAUAAAGAAUAAUCUGUAAAUUUACGCAUCAGUGCUAUGACAUAAAUGCGAUGGAUGUGCGCAAAAUGACAAGAAAACUGUAAUAUUUAAACAGAA